AGAUAUCCAAGAUCGAUAUAAAUAGGAGCUUCGGAUGUCCGAUCAAUGUCAUUUGUAACCAAAUUAUCAUCGCAUAUCACAAUCUGAUACGCAAAUACUCUUUCGUCGUUGGAUUUUAAAAACCUAAAGAAAACAUGAAUAAAUUGACCAUUAUUACAACUUUAGUAGCAGCGUGUAUGGCGCUUCCUCAGGCGCCACUGGUUGAUCAUCACGAAAGAAAAGACGCUGGAUUUGAAGUCAUAAACAUUCCAUUAUCUGAAAUUGAAUCAAGUGGUAUCUCGGAAAAGCGUGAUACCUCAACUAUCGAUGCAAGUGAUCUUUUGAGAAUUCAAGAAGUAAACGCAUUGGCGGAAUUGCCCAGGGAAACAAGAUCAACUUCCAAAACAACAAUUAAACCAAAGAAACUGACAUUGAAAGAUCUUAUUGGAAGGACAGCGGCUUAGUACAAAAAACUUGAUUAUGAAAUUGAAGUAUUUACUUCGCGUGAUUAUUGAAUUGAAGGAGAUAUCUACCUUGUGAUUACUGCAAUUUGUUUUUAAGAGUUCGUGUUUUUGGGCACGAAAUACAGAUUGCUUCUUAUUUAUUUU